AGUAAACUAGAACACCUUCACCUCCGUUCUGAAAGUUUUAAGAUCAUCAUGCAGUGGGCCACACUCGCCGUGGGCGCGCUUCUUGCGCACAACGUUGCUGCUCAAGGCAACAUGUUGCGAUUUGCCUGCUCUCAGCUAGUCGUAGAGAGGACUGAUCCACUGGUCAACCCCGGUCAGAAAUACACUCCUCAUCUUCACCAGAUUGUGGGCGGAAACUCUUUCAACGUCACUAUGGACCCCAACAACGACCCCGCCAAACUUUCCACCUGCACAUCUUGCUCGUUUGUUCAGGACAAGUCAAAUUACUGGACGGCUGUCAUGUUCUUCAAAGCAAAGAACGGAACAUACACUCGUGUUCCUCAAGUUGGUAACGGUGGCCCCCAGGGCAAGCUCAUCAACAAGGGCGGUUUGGACGUCUACUACAUCCCCAGCGGAAAGACGACUGCAUUCAAGAAGGGUUUCCGUAUGCUCGCGGGAUCUGCCUACAACACAGACACCGGCAAAGUCUCAAAGGGCAACAUCUGCCACCGAUGCUGGACGUCCCCCAACGAGAACACGUUCGUAGGAGCCCAGCCCUGCUCUGGCAGCGACACUGUUGAGAUCCCCGCCGACCCCAAGUGCAAGAUGAUCCGCCAAACCAUCAUUUUCCCCACUUGCUGGGACGGUGUGAAUCUCGACUCGCCCAACCACCAGGACCAUGUCAAGUAUGGCCAAGGCUCUGGCGCGAACGGUGGCGGCGCCUGCCCAUCCACCCACCCCGUCAAGCUGCCCCAAGUCAUGUAUGAGCUUAUGUGGAAUGUGACGACCUUUGCCGACAAGAACAUCUGGCCCUCCGAUGGAUCGAACCCAUUUGUGUACUCCAUGAACAUCGGAGGUGCCGCUGCUCACGGUGACUACGUGUUCGGCUGGGAGGGCGACUCCCUCCAGAAAGCGAUGGACAACGGAUGCAACCUCAACAACGCCUGCCCCAAAGCCGGUCUCACCACCCAAACCGACUCCCAGUACAGCGCCUGCACAAAGGCCCAACAGGCUCCCGAGGACGUCGACGGAUGGCUCAAGGAGCUCCCUCUCGGUGCCAAGGCAAUCAAAGCAUAG